AAUUGACAAAUAAUUGGACAUCCAUCCAUCCGGAUAGUCUCAAAAUGCUCUCCACUUUGACAAUUCUCUCACUCUCUCUCUCUAUACGUACUUACAUCCAAGUGUGUGUGUGUGUGUGUGUGUAUAAAAGUUACGUUAGAACUACGAGGUGGUCUUCAAUCAAUCUUCAUAGAGCACGACACCGUUUCCAGGAAGAGUACACAGGCUUUGCGCGUUUUGUGAACAAGCUGUUAUCCCGUUACAUAUCCAAACGGUGUCGUAAACGUAUGGCGCUGAAAGGUAGAAACCGACAGGAAAAGAUACAUGUAUAAUUACAGAAAAAGAAAGUGAAAAAUUUGUGUGUUUGGAUGUUAAGAGCUACUAAUAAUAACUCUUCAUUUCAUUCAAUCAGAUCUAAACCCACCCCUUCACAGCCAAUCCAAUUCCAAUUCCAAUUCCAAUUCCAAUUCUGCUGUUGUUUUCUUCUCCCUCGGGGCCGGAGUGUGAUAGUAAGAGGAGGACAUUCCUGCUAUCCACUUAAAAUGAGUUAAAUAAUGGGUCAGUGAUGGCUGCCGCAGAAGUAAGGGCCGCUUGGCAGAGAACUGCUAAUCGUUGCUUUGUCCAAGAAGAUGCCAAAAGAGCUCCAAAGUUAGCUUGCUGCCCAUCAGCACCUUCUUUAUCCAAACAGGUUGAUGCUGGACCUGCAAGUACAGAAGAUGGGCAAGAUAGCUCCGCCAUAGGUUUCAUUCCACUUCACAGGAGCCAUUCAUAUUCUAAUCUGCCCCCUGACUCAAGAUGGUGGCUCCAGCUGCAACCUAAUUAUGGGUACCAAAGAGUUUUAACAAAUGAGCAAUUGAAUAUUUUGGAGGCAGAGAGAGAGACCUUCAGAGCUGGUGUAGCAAGCUCAAGCUCUAAAUUUAGUGGAGCCCACCAAGGAAAUGAAGUUGAUGGUACAUGUGUUAAUGACAAUAUAAAUGCUGAGCCCUCCUUCGACACUCAUUCUAUGAUCUCUGCAACCUGUGUAAAGACAAAUCCUGAAGUAAUAAAGCAAGAGCUAAAAGCCGUAUAUAGUAAGAAUGCCCAAGAACCUCUUAAAGUCAAGGAAAUGGAGGAAUCCUUUGAAUUAAUGGAGGUGGACUCUGGUGAUUGUGCGGUUUCCAAGCAACCCUAUGAGCUUUGCUUUGAUUCAGGAUAUCCUGGGAUUGGGAGUGUAAAAACUGAGCCAUGGUGGCGCACGUCAGACACAGAUGAAUUGGCUUCCUUGGUAGCACAAAGAUCACUUGACUUUAUGGAAAACUGUGAUCUUCCCCAGCCUCAGAACACAUAUAUUAAGAGGGACCCAUAUUCUCAUCUUGGUUGUUUUGAUUGUGAUGGGAUUUUACCCUCAUCUAUAGAUUGGAAGGUCCAAAAUGGUCUUUCCAGUCCAACUGUUCAUACAAAAGGCAGUCUCACUUCAGGAAAUGCAUUUGCAGAACAGUGGUUCUCAGUUCAGAGGCAGUCACAUUAUGGUUCAAACAAACGAAUCAGAAACAGUGAGAGCACAACCCACAAAGGCACAACUGAAGCACAAGCUUCUGAGAGCAAUUUCGGCAAGGCUCAAUUAUUGGAAGCACUCUGUCAUUCACAAACACGUGCGAGAGAAGCUGAGAAGGCAGCAAAGCAAGCUUAUGCAGAGAAGGAGCACAUCGUCAAGCUUUUUUUUAGACAGGCUUCACACCUCUUUGCCUACAAGCAGUGGUUCCGACUCCUGCAGCUAGAAAACCUUUACUUCCAGAUUAAAAACAAUAACCAGUUGCCAUCUACUCUCUUUCCAGUGGCAUUACCAUGGCUACCUUACAAAACUAGGAAACUACGGAAGAGUUGGCACAAGGCUGCCAAGGGAAAACAGGGCAAGCAACUCCAUCCCAGAUAUGACAUUGGUAAGUUCGCCGUUGCUUUUGCAUUAGGGUUGAGUCUUGUUGGUGCAGGGUUGCUCCUUGGCUGGACGGUGGGGUGGAUGUUGCCUGCUGCCUUUUGAGCCUGUUUGUAUAGUAGUUGUAUCCAAACAUGUCCUGGUUGCGAAUGGUUUUGCAGGGAAGUUUGCUGGGAUUUAUUUCAUUAGUUCUUGUAUAUAUGUAAAUAGUAUAUAGAUCUGUAGGUUUUGUAGCAGAGAAAUAUGAUGAGUUUGCACUUGUACAAAAUGAUGUGAAAUGUUUGAAUGCACCUAUUCUGAUUA